UUUUUCCUCUGGGUCAUUUGGGCUUGGCUGUGGUGAAACUGGACUUUCCAAGACUGUAAUCAUUUACAGAAUACUUUUACAGACUAGGUUAUGUUUCAUUUUGAUCAAAUAUUUAACUUUGUUUUAGUUAAAUAGAAAUCCUUCUAUAGAAAUGUUUCUCCUGAGUCACAACAAUUUGAAAAGAGAAUGAAAUAAAAAUGCAAUUUUGAGCUUAUUUGAUAUAUUGAUUCACCAAAUGCACGACUUUCAUCGAUGUGGCUCUUUAAAAACAACCAAAGUUAGUCAACCGGGUUAUAUUUGAUGUGUUCAGACGUAAAGUUUCUCAAGAAAAAUGUUUUAUUAUUAUUAUUAUUAUUAUUAUUAUUAUUUCUACCAGCUGCCCCCUUUAAACGAAAACUUCCAGUUUGAAAUUGUCCACAGAUGUUGAGCUUUGUAAUAUUUUCUGCUGAAAAUCUGUGACCUUCUUUGGUAAUUUUUUUUUUUUUACAUUUUCAUUAAAUCCAUUAUUCCGGCUGGUCCGUGGAAUGGCGCACAGCCUUCUGAUGAUGACUGCAGUCACCUAAAAUCCACAGAGGUGGAUGGAGUCCAGAGCCCCUCCCACCGCAGGCCCUCCAGCUGCGCGCAGGCUGAGCGGUGAGAACGGCUCGCCGCUCAGCCUGCGCGCACCAGAACCGCAUGUGCGCGGAGGAUGUAGGUGAGCGCAUCGCGCGCAAAAGGUGACCGCCUGUGAUGGACGCGACUUCUGCGGCUCCCGCGCCGCUCCUCCAGGGGCUGUGGGAGUACGUGAGAGCGGGUCAGGAGGAGAUCCUGCUCUCCCCUUACCUGCCCGCAUCCUGCGCCCUCCUGAUGCACGUGCUGCUCUGCGCACCUUUCCUCGCCCUGGACGCGCUGGGGAGCGUGUGCCAGCGCGUGCGCUCGUGGAGGAUAGCUGCGGGCUCGGAGCCCCCACCGACCCCGCGGCAGUGGCUGGAUUGUUUUUGCAGGAUUUUGUUCAGAUAUGUGACUGUCGUCCUGCCGGCUUCUGCGCUCUUCCAGCGGCUGCGGAGCCCCAGGUUACCGGAGCUGGCUCCGUCCUGCUGGCAGCUCUUCGUGGAAGUGUUGGCAUGCGUGCUGCUCUUUGACACAUUCUUCUUUUUAUGGCACUACUACAUCCACAGGAUUCCCUGGUUGUACCGCAGCAUCCACGAGGCGCACCAUCGGCAUCGUAACCCCUUUGCGCUCUCGGCGCAGGACGCCAGCUCGGCAGAGCUGCUGUCGCUGCUGCUGCUGUCGCUGAGCUGCGCCUGGCUGCUGGGCUGCCAUCCCCUCAGCGAAGUCAUCUUCCACCUGCUCAACAGCUGGCUGGCAGUGGAGGACCACUGCGGCUACGACUUGCCCUGGGCUUCACAUAGACUGUUUCCCUUUCUGGGAGGAGCCCCCCACCACCAAACCCAUCAUAAAGUCAAACGCUUUAACUAUGCUCCCUACUUCACUCAUUGGGAUCAUCUCUUUGGCACGUACCGUCCACCUGUGCUGGAUCCCAGAGAACGUCCCAUACAGUGAAGAAGAGAUUCACACUUUCUGGAUACGAUGAAGUGCAAUUUCUGCAGGUCGCCCUGUGUCUGCAUCGAAACACUUUUACGGUGUUCUCUCCAUCUAAUGGGAGUAUUGAAAUAACUCAAAGGGAGCAGUCUUUUAGGAGGAGAGUCCCAGCUUGUUCUAACACUGCAGAAGCACAGCUGCCCACAUCUGAGGAUUUGACAAACUCUGGAUAAACUUUGUGUGUGUGGUAGCUACAAGUUUGAUGACACAUCACAAGUCAACAAGUGUGACAGCAGAUCUGUUCCAAAUCCAGGACUUGAACAUCCAGCUGCUGUUAUCCUGGACUCAGGAGACAGUCCGGAAGAGAAGGAGGGAAGCCAAAAUGAAAGUAGACAGAUCAGUAACGACUACUCUUAUAUGGGUUCAGUGUGAAACAGCAGACCAUCCUUGUUCAGUGUUUCUUGGCAUUAGCUCUAAAGACCAUCAAGGUACCAGAUAAGCAAAUAUGGUAAAGGGAAACACUUGAAAUAACAAAUUCUGAACAGAAAAGAGUUUAUAAACAUCAGAGUCAGCACUUUUUCUUUGUGCUGUAACUAAUGAAUACAAAAUGAGAGGAGCUGAGAUCAAAACAGUAUUAUAAAAAA